GAUUCUUAACUUUUAUAUUUUAUUACGGUUAGGUUCCAAUCAUUCAAAUUUGUGUUACUUGUAUAACUUGUAUGUGUGAUUAACAACAUUGAGCGUUGUAUAUUUGGAUUUGACACAGCUAGGCACAGGCAUAUAGAAAAGAGAUUAGGAAUCAAAGUGCUGUGUGUAAUAGGUUUUGAAUUUAUAAAUUUUUAGCUUAACCCUUUUUGGCGUGUCAUCAAUAGCCUUUGAUUCUGUUAGGCGUCAUUUUCGUGCCCAAAAUAGAUUUAGGAGGUGUGGCAUAUGAGAUAUGCUUUCUUAGGUGCAAACAAAUUAAUACACCGUCUGUCCAAUAGUUGGGGAAGAGGAAGAAAAAGAAAAAGUUAGACCAUUUACAAACCUUAGGGUGAGAGGAAUGCCCUCAUAGCCAGCACAGUAGAAACCGAUACAGAGGCUCAUUACUAAUCGGUAAAAUAAAUUACUUUGCUCAAUAUUUUAGAUUGUUCAUUCUAAAGAUUAUUGAGAAUGAUCAUCCGCUAAUCUCCAUCGUCGUAGAUUUUAAAAAAAAUAAUUCGUAAACAGUUUAAAAAUUUUAUGAUAUUUUAAAUGUCCAUCCUUAGGAUCGAUGUCCGCCCUGUGUGUUGCGCCUCCUCCGGCCGUUGCUCCACUGACAGUGCAGGAGAAGGUUAUAAUAUCUUAUUUUAAGAGAGUUGCUGAUAGUAUUUUAACGUUGAGUGCGUUUUACUUCGGUGCGUCAUAUUUUGCAUUUUCCUUCUCUAUGGAAAGAUUACCGACGCUGCGCCAGCCCAACGACGACGAUUCGAAGCCAUACGAUAUGUUGCACAGCGUUCAAGCUGCUUCUCUGUAUGCCAUUGUUAUGUGUAGUAUUAUUGCCGCAACAGUAAAGUCCAUUCUCUUACUAGAUCACGUACAAUUAAAGUUGGUACGUAGUAGAGGAUGGAGAGUUUUAAUUUGUGGGCAUAUGAUAGUAGCCAUACUAUGCCUCGGUCUUUCCAUCACCCUCGUACUUGUUUCUAUUUGGUUGGUUCUACGGGUUACGAGCACUGUGUAUUUUCCACCUACUUUAGUUUUUAUUGGAUUUCUAACUUUUACUGUCAUUAAUGUUGAACUAGUUGGUGUAAUGAUUUAUGUUAUUACUAGGGGGUCUUAGAUAGUACAUUAUCAUCUGUACUUGUUAUUAAGCAUCUUA